UCGUUUUAGGUUAAAUUCUUGAAGUUAUGUUGAUACUGCGGAUCAAAUCAAGCAACAACCAUGAGUUAUCGUCCUCAAUAUCCGCUCUGCAAUUGUUCAUUCAUGCACAUUAUUCAACAAAAUCAACACAAAAGCAUCCAAUUACCAAGCACCAUUUCAUGGUGGACUACCUCGUCAAUUCUCUAGGGUUUUCCCAAGAUCAAGCAUUAUCCACAGCAACAAAAGUAAGUCAUAUUAAAUCCACCCAAAAACCUGAUUCAGUCGUUGAUUUCUUCAAACAAUGCGGUCUAGGAAAAACUCAGAUAAGAAACAUCGUAUGUUUUUCCCCUAAAAUCUUAACUACCAGCGUUGAUAAAAUCCUAGAACCCAAAUUUAGGGUUUUCCAAGAACUUGGUUUAUCCGGGUCGGGUUUAGAGAAGCUAUUUAAACCAACUCUGGGUUUCUCAAACAAUAGAUUAACUUCCAAUGUUAAUUAUCUGAGGGAAUUAUUGGAUAGUGAUGAUAAAGUGAUUAAGGUUAUUCAUAAAUCAUGGUGGUUGUUAUCCACGAAUUUUGCUCAAAAAUUGUCAGCUAACUUGCUAGUAUUGAAGAAAUAUGGAUUUUCAAACGGUAAAAUCGAAAAUUUAUUGAUGAAGAACCCUGGUUGUCUUUUGCAAUCUCCUGAGUGGUUGGAAACAACCAUAAAAAAAGUUGAACCUGUACUGGGUAUUCCUCGUGAAUCUCCAAGAUUUGUUGAUGGUUUUGAAACAGUUGCUUCAAUGACUAAUUCGAAGCUGGAGACGAAGUUUGAAGUCUAUAGAAGCUUUGGGUGGUCUGAUUCGGAAAUAAUUACAAUGGCUAGAGCUUUACCUGUUUGCUUGAGAAGAUCUGAGGCUAAACUUCAAACUACUUUGAACUUUUUUAUGAAUGAACUCGGUUAUACGGCUGCAUAUUUGGCCACCCACCCGAAAAUGUUAGUUUACAGCUUGGAGAAGAGGGUUAUGCCCAGGAAUAGUGUUUUGGAGAUUUUGAAAGAGAAGAAGCUGUUGAAGUACAACUUUUCGCUUUGUUCAGUUGUUGCGCUUUCUGAGGUGAAGUUUCUGGAUGAUUUUGUGCUGCCGUAUUGUGAUUUUGUACCUCAUCUGUAUGAAGCUUACCCCAAUGCAACUGGUCAUCUGCAGACUAUCAGAUGACUUGCUUUCCAACUUCAGUUUACCUGGUAAGCACUUACGGAUAGGAGUUGUCACCCUCACUUAAUGGGCAAGACUCUCGGUUCUUAUCAUUGCUUUUACUGGGUAAGAUUCUCGGCUCUUGACAUGUUCUUUUGGUAAAGUAAAUGACCUGAUAAGUGUUUAUUGUGUAACCAUUUAGCAAUCGACCCCUUAGCCUUUACCUUCUUUUUUUGGUAAAAAUUUUCAUUUUACCUUCGAUUAUCUUUUACUGGUAUUUAUUCAGUCAGUGAUUACCUAUCUAAUAUCCUUCAAUCAUGACCCAUUUUUA